CACGCACAUCGUUUAAGGUAGUCGACGCGUGUUUACAUAUGGUGAACGAAUGAAUGUUUUACGAGGUUUGUGUGAAGUUAAGAUCCGUUCUUUAAACCCUAAAUAGUUAUUUUCGUUGAGUCGAACAGAAAGAUAUCAUUGCGUGUGUGCUUGCCGCUUAUGCACGCUAAAACAACAAUCCAACGAGGGAGAGACCCGUUUGGGGGAAAGCUGCAGAGGCUAGCCGUGCUAGCUACCAGGGCGCUGGGCAAUCUUCCGACCAUAUUUUGAGCAGCCUGAACGCCACCUAGCAAUCCAAGAUGGCCGACCUUCGCGGCGGUGUUCCCACAGGCGUGGUGCCCACGGCCCCCCCUUCCUCCACCGCCACCAACAUCACCACCACCACCUCGUCCUCCUCCUCCGGAAUCACAGACGCUCCCAUGGUUGCCGUGGAGAUGGACCCGGUGGAGUACACGCUCCGCAAGCGGCUGCCGCGCAAGCUGCCCAAACGCCGCAACGAUGUCUACGUUAACAUGAAGACGGACUUCAAGGCCCAGCUGGCGCGAUGCCAGAAGCUCCUGGACGGGGGAGGGGCAGGCGGACACCGGGAGAUCUGCAUCCACGGCCUGGGAUUGGCCAUCAACCGCGCCAUCAACAUCGCACUGCAGCUCCAGGCCAGUAGCCAGGGGGCGCUACAGCUGGCGGCCAACACCUCCACAGUGGAGCUGGUGGACGACCUUGAGCCGGACGACCCCGACGCCGACAUGGGGGAGCCCAUGACGCGCACCAGGAACAACUCGGCCAUACACAUUAAAGUCUUCUAUCCCGAUCCACAGUCGUCGUCAUAGGGAUGACCUUUGACACUGAACAGCAGCUCAGAACAAUUCUACCUGGGGAGCCCAUGACCAGACCAGGAGCAGGAGCAAGUGUUCCAUCGAGAGCCAUAGACAUCAUGUCAAUGACCUUUGACCUUUAGCAGCUGUUGCCAUAGCGAUGACCUCCUGUCCCUGAUUAACAGUUGUCAUAGCGAUGAUAUUGUACCCUGACCUAUAAGCUGUCCAAAUAACAUCGACCAUCCACAUCAGUCGUUUAGCCUUACGCUUUUUCAUCAUACCUGUCACACUCUACCCCAAUACAUCAAUCGUCAUAGCAACAACCUUCCACCCCGACCCUCAGUUGUCAUAGUGAGGGCAUUCCACCAAGACCCUCAUUGUCAUCAUGAUCACAUUUCAUGGCGACCGUCAGCCAUCGUAACAGUUACUGCGCUCCUUGAGACAUAUACUGGGGCCCUACACUAAGAAGCUGGUUCAGGAGUAUACCAGGUGUUAAAUCAUCUAAAAGAAGAGCCUGGAGUCCUCAUUUUCUUAAUUCCAGGCUCUUCUAUUAGAUCAGUGGUGCUCAAACUGUGCUACGUGUACCACUGGUGGUACUUCAGACAUCUCUGGUGGUACUUGAAAGAUUUUAAAAACAAACUUGCACUGAAUGUGAUCGUAGCUGUUGAUGCCAUUAUGAACCUCUCCUGUAUUGACUGGCAAAAGUUAAUAGGGAAGACAUUUACUGCGAUAUUCUUGUUGGUUGUCAAGGUGGUACUCAGAGAGCUCAAUUUUUUUUUCAGGUGGUACUUCAUACAAAAAGUUUGAGAACCACUGCAUUAGAUGAUUAACCUCUUAACCUCCUGGUUUACUCCUGAACCAGCUUCUUGGUAUAGGCCCCUGGUCAACUCACCCGUCUGCAUCAAAAUAACAGUAACCACACUCCCUAGAAAUUCAGCUACUGUGUAAGGUUAGAUUCUUCACCUUCUGCAACAGUGUUCCCUCCUAGUCAACAUUUACAGUUUGGAGACAUUGCAACUAUUAUGAACAGACAUUUGCAUGCUUUGUGUGGACCACUAGUACACUGUGAUUGUGGGGAGAACGUGUCAUGUUUUUGUUUAUUUGCCUUUAGAACUCUUAAGUGCUGUAUCUGCUGGAUGGAGUGGAGUGUUUUCUUAACUCUGAAUAUCAACACUGCUGAAACUGAUUCAGCUGCGAUCAAUGGGUGCAGUUACAUGCACGGAAUAUAGCAGCUUCAAAUGGAAUAUUAUCAGUAUUCAGUUCCGGAAUAUUCAUUUCACAUGUGUGGUACAACGUUCUGCCAACCGAAUACUGCCACCAUUGCGUUUAAAAUUGCAAUAUUCUCUGCAUGUAAAUGCGCUCAAUGAGUACUAUUUGUGGUGUCUUCCCUGAAAAGACUAAGGAAUAUAGAUCAUAAGCUACUUAUGACGCCUUGGAGAGAAUUAAAAGUGUUUGUGUGUUUUGGUAAGUAUUGAUAUGCUUACAUUCAGUGUACAAGUAAUGUGUUUUCUCAUUGAACUUAUUUACAUUGUGACUUCACCGAAGGAACGGAAAGAUACUUUUUUUAUUUACCUUUCUUUUGAUCAGAGAGAGUUUUAUGGACAAAGUUGUAUCGAGCAAGCACAACUGUUGGUUUAAAAAUUAAUGUAUUUGUGACAAAGUCUACGUUUAUUAAAUUGAUGUUUAUCUGCA